GCAAUCAAAACCGUCCGUUUUGUUCAAUUUUGUCGGCAUUCCAUUGUUUUUUUUAUUAUUAUUUGACCACAUUGUAAAAAUGACAUCUCGGGGACAUGGGAUGUCCUUAAAGGACUGGGAUCCAAUGAAGGAUGAUUUCAAUGACUCCACAUAUGAUGCGCAGUAUGCUGAUGAUAAUAUUGAUUGCGGAGUUCAAUUGGACCACAACAGGCUGUAUGUGUCCAACAUACCGCAGACGCUGAGCGAGGAGGGGCUGAAGAUGGCGUUUAUUAAAUACGGGACAAUAGUUAAACUGUUCAUGUCGCGGGAUCCUAAGAAGAGAUAUGCGAUGAUCACUUACGAAUCUCCCAGCGAAGCAAAGCUAGCAAUGAUGAAACUGAAUAAAUCAGAACCGCUUAAACUCAAUGUAUCUAUCGCUCAUAAGAAAAGAAAUCAAGAUACCGACGAGAGAGACAGGGGUAAUCCCCGCGCGAACGCAACGUGGAAUCGCGCCUACAAGGACGAGUCCAGUAGCGUCAGCAGCAAAGGAAAUUACCGCCGGAAGCAGGACACUGCCUCUGAAUGUGAUGAUGAGAGUGUCGCGGAAGGCAUAGAUUCCGACCUGCACCUGGAGCUGGAACAGCUGAAGCUGGAACACCUGCGGCUGCAGGAGGAGCAGCUACAAUGCAAGCAGAGGAUUCUGUUGCUCAAUAGAGCUGGGAGGAAGCCUAACAAUUUGUCCACAAAUAGAAUUGUGACGGCUGAUGGGAAAAUAGUGUUCAAAACAACCAGUGAUCGCUUUACCGCUAUUAUGGGUGGGUCUGUCGAUCUCCCGGCGGAUACGACACUUUCUGGCGCGGGGGACUCUCGUGUGUCGAGGCGCGAGUGUAUACACUGCGGCGUUCGUGCCGAACUGUACUGUGCUGGGUGCGGGAUAACGCCGUACUGUGGUACUGCGUGCCAGAGGACUGAUUGGAACAGACGCCACAAAACUGUCUGUCAUAAUCUGGCUAGGUUCCACAACGGAGCGGAGAUAUCUGAGGCCAAUAACAACACACCCGAGGAAGUUGAUAAGUGUGCGUCAGUGGCGGUCCACCGGUCGCAUCCGACACGAUCGCCGCGACGGCGGCGCGACGACGACGACACGUCCGCUAGGACCGACAGCGACGAUGCGAGACGCGUCGAUAAGAAAAACCAAACUUCCGGCCGCGGCCGCAACUAUUCGCCGAGAAAUUGCAACAUACGUCGGCCCAACGUCCCAGCCAAUAAACGUUCGGAAACCCAAGAGGAGAGUGAUGGCACGCCGAAAGAGAAUCGGAGUGAAAAUAAAACGCCAGCUUUUCACAAUGGUGCACCGAAUCUGCAAGUGGUGGAAAUGUACGCUUACCCCCCGCCGCUGGAGCCGCACGCGGCGCUGCGCAGCUGCGCAAUGAGAUCUGUGCUCGAUGCGCGUGCGCAGCUCGCCUGCGGGCACGCUAGAGGUUCUCAACCGCCUGGUUCUGCGCAAAGAUUGGACGUGCGUAACACAAUACGACCGAAUAAAGAAGCUAAAGAGCAACGGGAUAAAAUUGUUCCGGACCAAAGACCAGAGAGUGACAUCUUGCCUAAACAAUACGUAGCAGCCACCGCAUCAAUAAACGACCUUAUCUACUUAUCCGUGGAAUCGAUGGCACAACACUGCGCGACGAAACAGCGGGGCUUUGUAUGUCUGUCCUUGCCGGAGAAGGACGAGACGAGCUAUAAGAUACUGUGCAUGGACUACCCACAGGCUUGCGAGGCAGAUGGCGAUGUGGUUGUUCCGAAACCGGGGGAGCUGUUCUCGUACCGCAACCCGGAAGAUGGCGGCUGGUACCGCGCCCGGAGCCUCGACCCCGCGACCGCCGCGCUCGUAGACUCCAGCAAGCUCGCAACCGUUGCGCCUACGGACCCGUGCAAGAGGGUACCGGCGAGCUAUAUGCACGUGCCCGAAUUCAGUUGCGUGCUGGACGCGGACUGUGUUGAGCUGGGUGGAGCAUACGAGGCGAUCGUAACAUCGAAACAAACGGAUUCGAUAAGCGUGAAACUAAAAGGCACCGAAGGAUUUAUAGGGGAAGGGAAAAUAUACCGCUGGCUGCCGGAAGUGGAGAAAGUGAUAGCUACACAGCCUCCGUUACAAAAACCUUCGCCGGUACAGAAGCUAAAAGCGCACAACGCCAGACCCUCGGAGACGGAGGAGAUGAAGCGAGAGGAGAGGAUUGUUACAGAAGUGGCACCAAGGAUCGAUUUGAUGCCCAAGCUAUAUCUAGUUUCGACGUUAUCAGUGGGUGAUACAGUGCUACUGUCCGUCGAUUGUCUCAGCAAGGACUGUAUGACGAGGCAGAGCGGUUACGUGUGCGUGUCGCUGCACGAGAGCGCUGAGGAGAGUUAUCAGCUGCUGUGCGCCGACUACUGUGCGGACUGUGAUGCUGAGAAGAAUGUCGUUGUACCGAAACCAGGGGAGCUGUUCUCAUACCGCAACCCGGAAGACGGCGGCUGGUACCGCGCCCGGAGCCUCGACCCCGCGACCGCCGCGCUCGUAGACUCCAGCAAGCUCGCAACCGUUGCGCCUACGGACCCGUGCAAGAGAGUGCCCGAGAAGUACGAGAGUAUACCGGAGUUCUGCUGCGUGUUGGACGCGGAUUGCGUUAAGUUGGGCGAAAGCUACCAAGCCACUAUAGUGUCGAAACAGUGUGAGUCCGUUCAAGUGAAGCUGCGAAACGUCGGAUCCGAUAUCGUGGUCGGCGACGGGACGAUAACGAGAUGGCUGCCGGAUGUGCACCACGUUCAAGCACCGAGCGUUCCGGCCGCCACCAUACCGAAAGUAUCACGGCCGUGCGUCACCGCUAACACACGCGUGCUACUCGUCGAUGCUACUGGGCUGGAUUGUAUAUACGUGAGGCCGGCGGACAGUAGCACUACUAACAAAUAUAACGCGGCGUUGCAGGACGCUCUACUGUUUGGGAGGAAUGCGAAACCUCUAAGCGAGCCGCCGCACCGGGGCCAGCUGGUGAUCGGUCGGUUCGCGGACGGCAACCACUACCGCGCGCUCGUCCUGCGCACCAGCGUGCGCCAGAACAAGUACCUGCUCGAGUACGUGGAGUACGGUAAUAUUGAGAUAGGACACUUGGAAAACCUGUAUCCGUGUCCGGAUGAAAUAAAUCUAGACCAGAUGCCGACUGUUGUGUCCCUGGUCAAAGUGAAAUCGGAUAAUUUAACUUUGACCGCGCAAGCAAAGGAGUAUAUCGAGAAAUUGAGAGAUGCGGAGAUUGAAUUGAUUCUGACGUUACCCGACGGCGCAAAAGCGGCGCCCAGCGGCAGUGAAGUGAUACUCACCGUCGAGAAGAACAAGGAAAGUGUGAAUAGGAAACUGGUGGAACUGUGCACGCCCGACUGGAAGAAGAUGGCCGACAGCGGUGUGGAUGUUGUCGAUCUGGAGCCGAUCAUGUUCAACGAGCUGGACGUGGUGGAGUUGCCGCGUGGCGACCUGGUGCUCACGGUGCUGGACUACAGCACGCUCGGGGGCGGCGUGCUGGCCGGCUGUCCCGCCGACUGCAAGCACGCUGACCACGUGUGGGGUACCCUCGCCAAAGAGAUUGCCGAUUACUGCAACAGUGAUUUAGGCAGAGAGCCAUAUUUGCCGAAGCCGGAAGAGUUGUGCAUAGCUCGAACCUCUCCAACCGCGGCAUGGUCCCGCGCGGUGCUGCUGGAGCAGGGCGCGGGCGCGGGCGGGGCGCGCGCGCAGGUGUGCCUGGUGGACGCGGGCGGCGUCGCCGACGUGCCCGUCCGCGAGCUGCGCAAGCUGCUGCCGGCCUUCGCGCGCGCCGCGCCCGCGCUCGCCUCGCUGCUGCAGAUACGCGGUGCGUGCGCGUGCGGCGCGGGCGCGGGCGGGGCGCGCGCGCAGGUGUGCCUGGUGGACGCGGGCGGCGUCGCCGACGUGCCCGUCCGCGAGCUGCGCAAGCUGCUGCCGGCCUUCGCGCGCGCCGCGCCCGCGCUCGCCUCGCUGCUGCAGAUACGCGGGUUCCCCGCCAACCCGACGCCGGCCAUGCUCCGAAGGGCAAUAGAGUUUCUGCAGAUAGACAGCAGGGGGCACGGCAGGCUGAAGUUAACCAACUGCGUCAAGACCGACGAGGAGGUGUACGAAGCGGACGCGCCCGAGCUGCUCGCGGCCAUGGGAUCGUGA